AUGGCAGCUGCCAUUGGUGGUGAUCCUAGGUUCAGAAACCCAAUUGGGUUCGCUUAUGGGCCCACGCGACGAGUAGAAUGUUCAAAUCAAAAGGUUAAUGGCAAAACAAUGAUAAGAAUAUAUUCGAAGAUUCAAGGGAAAAGUAUUGUGGAGGUUCUGGAUAGUUGGAUAAUCCAAUUGGAGCUUACAAAUCUUCAAUACUAUUACUGUCAUGCAGAAGCUAUUGAUAGGCUCCAUGUUGAGGAUGAUUUGAAUGAACCAACAUUGGGUGAGAAGCUAGUAAGACUAAAUGUACUUGAUGAUGAAAAAGCCAACACUUUGGAAAACCAUCGGUCUCCUAUUGAGGCAAAACCUCCCAGUGCUGAUUCAGUUCAUGUUUUGCUUAAGCAAGCGCUACAUGCUGAUGAUCGGGCGCUUAUGUUAGAUUGCUUGUACACGCAAGAUGAAAAGGUUAUCGAAAAUUCAACCUCAUUGUUAAAUCCAUCUGAUGUGCUCAAACUUUUGGAUUCCCUAGUAUCUAUGAUUCAGUCAAGGGGUGCUGUGUUGGCUUGCGCCCUUCCAUGGCUGAGAAAUUUGCUUCUUCAGCAAGCCAGUUGUAUUAUGCCCCAGGAAUCUUCUCUGCUCACCCUCAACUCUCUAUAUCAGCUGAUUGAGUCUAGAAUGUCUACUUUCUGCUCAGCACUCAAGCUAUCAAGUUGCUUAGACUAUCUUUUUGUAGGGAUCUCUGGUGAUGUGGCUGAUGAGACGAGCAUGAUAAAACCCGUAGUUUAUGAGGAUAAGGAUGAAAGUGAUGAAGAUGACCCUGAAGUUUCUAUGGAAACUGAUGAAGACAGUGAAGAAGCCAUGGAAGCCAUUAAUGGUUUUAGUGAUUUCGAAGAAAGCGAUUGACACGAGAGAGUGAGAUUGUAAUCAUCGAAAGCACCUUCUAAGAAAUUCUGAAUUUUUGGUCCUGAGAAAGAGACAGAGGAUGGUACUGGAUUCAGGGUUGCGUACCCAAAAUUUGAGAAUCUUAAUAUACUGGAUUGAUUGCUUACUCCAAUGUAGCAAAUGUUGUAUUGUACAAAUAUGUGCUAAAAUUUUGACGUGUUGAAAUUAUUUGCAGUACUUCAUCAAUAUGAGCUUCAAAUUGAAAUUUAAGAUCAUUGUGUAUUUGUGUAUCUAACAACGAUGAUUACUUGUUUCAUUCAGUUUGGUUUGGCA